CCCUCAGACUCAAUUUGGCUUACUCAUUCGUAUGUUACUCUAUAAAUUGUUUGCUUCUUUAGAUAUCUUAAAACAUUCCAGUUAAGAAAAUAUAUCCUCCACAAAAAAACAUAAAAACAGUAGACACCAUGGAAGGUAGGAUCCAAGCUCUAGUAUCAAUGAUUCUGAUGGUGACACUAUGUGCCACUAUACUAUUGCAGCCGGGCUUGGCCGAGGUGCAAGUAACACCUCAAUUUACUUCCUUUCCUGGCUCCCCUAUAGAUCUCACAAAAUGUUGGUCAUCUCUCUUCAGUGUUGAAGAUUGUGUAAUUGACAUCUACAAGUUUUCUGUAACCGGUAAGUUUGGUAUUAACCAGGCGUGUUGCAAGGCGUUUAUGGAUAUGGAUGAUAAGUGUUGGCAAAAAAUGUUUCCGUUCAAUCCAUUCUUUCGUCCUCUUCUCAAGAAUAGUUGCUCUCGUAUCAACGGAGUUGUUCUCACACACACCACACCUCAUCAAGUCCCUACCAUUCCUGGGGUUUCUCAUCCCGGUUCUCCAGUCGAUCUCACAAAAUGUUGGUCAUCACUUACCAGUGUUCAAGGUUGUGUAACUGAAAUCUACAAAUCAGUGUUCACGGGAAAGUUUGAUAAUGUUGGACCAAUGUGUUGUAAGGCAGCUUCGGCUGUGGAUGCGAAAUGCUGGCCACAUAUGUUUCCACUAAAUACAUUCUUCCCUCGUCUUCUCAAAGAAAGUUGUUCUCGCAUCAUCAAUGAAGCAGAACCUACGCACAAAUGAAGUCAGUAACAGAAGAAAUCAUGGGAAAUGCUUUGGGUUAAGUUACUUACAGCUUGUACUUCAUACUUUCAAUAGUUUAUGUAUUCCAAUGAUAUUAUCUAUUUUAAAAGAACUAAUUCAAAAACUAUAUUGUCAAAAACUCAAACCAUAGAUCAUCACAUUCUGAUCUAGCAGUCUUAGAUCUUCCUUCCACCAAGACUAAGGCUAACUCGAGCUGUAUGCU